AUGGACCGGCUUGCUCGGAUUGCACUGGAGAUGGCUAAAUCUACUAAAGUCGCACCAAUGGUUUUUGUGCUUGCAACAAUGGCUGUAAUGACAUCUCAUUCAACUACGUUGCUAUCUGAUCGGUUGGUCAAGACUCCGUUGAUGAUGACUAUGACUCUGUUGACUGUAUCAAUUGCGGAAGUUGUAACUGCGUCUGAGACUGAACUGACUGUGAAAUCUCAUGAACUGAUUGAGGCUGGAUCUCUGCCAAUGAUUGAUGCUGAGCUGAUUCUAGAGACUCUGUCAACUGCUGGGACUGUAAUGGCAUAA